AUGCCACCAAAAGGAAAGAAGAAAGAUUUUGAUCGACAGUUCGAGGCAUUUUUGAAGGAGUCUAUUUCAUCAGAUGAUGGAUCUCUUGAUUCUGCCAAAGUCAGCAAACAUUUAGGUCUAAAAGAACAGACAACACCAAAGGGCAAAAGCAAGCCGUGGUGGAUGCAGAGUGAUGACGAUGAUGAUGACGAAGACAUGGGAGCCAACUUUGGCACAGGCAAGACAUCAAGUGGAAAAAGCUUUCUUAAGAAAAAGAAGCCAGCAGAACCCAAACAUAGUACCCCAAAACAGACCCCCAACACACCAGUAAAACCUACCACCCCAGAACUUACACCUGAGGAGAAACAAGGGCGGCAGAAGGCUCGCACUGGCAAGAAAGAGAUGACCCAUUUAAAGACCAAGCAGAGAGGAGUGCGGGGCCGGGGAGAUACAGGGACAUCAAUGAGCAAAGACAGUCUGGAAGAUAUAUCUGAGAAAUCGGAAGAGGACAGCAAUAAAGAUAAACAAGUUGCUGCAGCAGGAAAGGAAAGUAGCUUUGGGUCAGAUAAAACAAGUCGACCAGGGUUAGAAACACUCGAUGAAAUAAGAGAUAAAGAAAAUUUCUUUCGAGACCUGGAGAGAAAUGCUGAUGGAACAGUAGACUACCAGCGACUGAACCAGGACCUGAGUCAGUCAGCCACGACCAUGUCUCCUGAGGGUGCUGCUAAAACUGCAGCUACUCUUGCUGCCCUGGAGGAUAUUGAGGAAGAUAAGCCACUAGCUACUCGAGGUUAUAAACCUUUCGAUCCUCAGCAAUCUGACGAUCAGAUCACUCAGGACCCUUCUCAAAAGCCAAGCAUGUUGUCAAAAGUAUCACUGAUGGAUUCCUUGGAGUCUACGAUGAACACAACUGGGUCGCCGAUGGUUGGUCGUAGUGGCAUCCAUGAAAAAGCCUCAGGGGAUCAAGGAAUUCCUGAUGAGGUAGAUGGUCCAGGUGGUCGUCAGUCAGGACCUCACACAGACAUGUCUCCAGAAAAUACCUGUGGGUUUAUGGGUACGACCACCAGCCACGAGAUAGAGGCACUUCACAAGGCCUUGAGAGAGGUGGGAUUAUCGCCCACUAUUUACAAUGACUCCCAGCCAUUCGAUCUCUCCUCUCAGGGUAACCGUUCAACCACGGAGAUGGUACAGAAGUUACUAAGUGGAGAACCAGGUAAGCAGAGAAAUGUAGAGGAGAUACUCAAGGAAAUGGAACAGAUAGAAAAGAAAUCCAAAGAAAACCAGUUAGAGGAUUUAGAUGUUGAGCUUCUGUCAGACAGAUCCAGACGAAGGAGUCCUUACAGUCCAAAGAGUCCAAGAAGUUUAGAGAGACAGCGUCGAGUAGAUCAGGAAGAAGGAACAGGCACAAGGGGUCAGGAGUACUCUCCAGUCCCAGACUCUGCUCGGGGCUUUGACCAGUCACAUACAGAGGACACAGAAAGAUACAAUCCCGUAACACAAGUGCCUGAUUCAAAGAGUACACCUGAUUCUAUUAUGGAAAGAGGACGUCAAAAGAAAAAAAAGACUAAAACAGAAAAGCCGAAAGAUAAACCUUCUACUCAGGUUUCGCCAAGACGUCGACCUUCACCUAGGUCAUCACUCAGGGGUAGUCAGUCAAGGUCACCAUCAGCAUCACCAAGGCGAUGGAUGUCACCAAGGUCACUUAGUAAAGAGGAUCCAAGGUCAAGGUCACUUUCGCCUACAAAAACAGGUCUGAAUUCAACCAAAAAGUUCUCACAUGUGAAAAGUUCAGGAUACGGCCAAAAAUCAUCUCCUAAGGGUAAUAGUAGCCGUCCGCACAGUGCCCGAGAUCCCUAUCCUAGGGAGGAGAAUGCGCAGGGCUCUGCCCCAGGUCCAGGGCAGGAAGAUUUAUCCAAUACAAAUCAGAAUGCUCCAGUAAAGAAGGAAAAGAAAAAGGACAAAAGUAAAUCCAAGAAUUUCAAACACCAGUCAUCUCGUAAACAACAGGCCCAGACAUGGUCACCAGCAGAGGUCACCAAACAAAAAAUUAAAGGGAGUGAUUCACCAGUGUUUCGUAAGGAGAGGAACGGUCACAAUGUGAUGGAGACACAGCUGAAGGCAUCAGUUGAUUCUUUCGCUCAGUAUAUCAAGGACCAUUUUACAGAAUCAGAUAUGCCUCAGGCUAAGUACUCUGAGGAUGAGCCCUCCCUGGCCACCAGUUGGCGUGGUGACAAGACCAAUGAUCGGAUGUCAGUUCAGCAAGAAGGGACUGAUCAGGACUGGCAGAAGUUAUAUGAAGAAGAGAAAGCACUCAAUAUGAAGAUCAAAGCUGACAUGCUGUCAAUGGAGAAGGAAUAUGACCGGAUGCUGGAGAGUCAGAAACUAGAAUUUGAAGAUCAGAUUUUCAAGCUCAAACAGGAAGUCUAUGUACUGGCUGCCAAGGUACCUGACUCACAGUCCGAGAUACAGAAACGUCUCACAGAUAGGAAAGGAGAGGUUAGUCCAGACCAAAUGGAGAAACUUGACCGUGAAAUCCAGGAACAGGAGAAACUGAUUGCUGGAUACCAGCAGGAAAACAAACGAUUGUACGAACAGCUCAAAGAUCAACAGAAACAGGUCAAGGUCACAGAGGACAGAAUGUUCACAGAGAACCAGAAAAUGGCCACAGAGAUUACCAACCUAAAGACUAAGCUGGAGAGAAAGGAAGAUGAAGUGAGAAGCAAAGGUAUUAUAACGAGUUUACCUGUCCAACAGAAUAUAGCUAAAGGUGACACGGCAUCAGCUUUAGGGGCAGGCAGGAUAGCCCAGCUUACAGCUGAACUUAGGGAGGCAAAGCGUCUGCAAGACAACUCUAAUCGCGAACUAGAAGUUUUACAACGGAGUAAGAUUGAGCUGGAGCAACACAUUGACCAGUUGAUCAAGGAACGUGAGUCAUUGAGACAGAAGGUUGCUGAGGCCAAGUCACUUAAAUCAGAAGAAGCCAGGGUCAUCGAAGAUAAAUUUAAAUCAGAAAAUGACCGACUCACCAGAAAGCUUAAAUGGUAUGCUGAAAACCAAAAACUAUUGGACUCGGAUGCAAAACGUUUAAAAGAGCAGGAAGAGGAAAUAGCCAAACACAAACUACGGAUUGAACAUUUAACAUCAGAAACAGGAAGGCGACUAGAGGACAACAAGGUGAGAGCUAAGGAGCGAGCCAAUGAUGCAAAAAGAAUCCAAGAUCUACAAAGACAGGUCAAAGAAAUGGAAGGCAUAAUUCGACGGCGCCAUCCCAACUCCCUUCCUGCUCUGAUAAUGACUGCUGCUGUUGCUCCUGAUGAUCAGCCAGCGACAAAGACACCCACAAUGGGUGUCUUAGAGAGUCGUGUUAAGAAACUGGAGCUGGAAUUGGAGGGCAAGGACAUAGAGGCAGAGAAGAUGCUACGUAGUGUGGAGCAGAAAUAUCUCAACAUCAAGGUUCAGUACGAGGAACGCAUACGUGAUUUGGAGGCACAGUUGGCUAUAUAUGUUCGUCCAGAGGACAAUGCCCUGAAGGAUUACGAGCACCCACACACACAUGCUGUCGCCCUACAGAAGGAGUUGGAUAGUGUUCGGGAUAGAUACAAGGCUAAAAUCACAGAGCUGACAGAGGAAGUCAGCCGACUCAAUGCUGAGAUUGCCAAGGUCACAAAAGGACAGGAAGCUUCCUUGAAAAAUGAGCAGAGUCUGUCCAAAAAUAAAGAGACAGAGUACAAAGCUCAGAUUCAGAAAUUACAGCAGGACCUUGACAGUAAGUCACAUGACCUUACUGUGGCAAUGAAGACAGUGGACAGGCUACGUAAAGAGAAAAAAUUGCCAGUUUCAGGUUCCCCUGGACCAAAAGCAGACAAGAACAGAAAGGGUAAACAGGCGUGGGAGGAAGAAGAGGCUUUAUCACUGACUGAUCGUGUCAACAGAGACAAACAAUACCAACCUAACAGCUUUGCUGAUAGCCAGAUCACAGACACAAUACAGGAGAAUGAGUACCUCCGGUCUAAGGUUGAACAAAUACAGUUAGCCUAUGAUGAGCAACGCUUAGAACUUCGUAAACUGCAGGCUGAAUCUGAAGCUGUGGCUAGAAAGAGUCGUGAGGACUUUGAGGAGAGGAUAAAUGUUCUGAGAUCUUCCCAUCAAAAAGAGUUCAGGAAAAUGCUUGCUGACCAAGCCCUUAACCAUUCUACUUCACGCAUGGCAGAACUUCAGAGUAAAGUUGAUGCACACGAGGUGCUGGUGCGUCAUCUGAAAGAGAAACUGGUGAAGGCUGAGCUAGAUAGUGAACAGGUUUCCAUCCUGAAGAUCCGAGAGGCAGGAUUGAAAACACAGGUGGAAAAACUUCAAGAAUGUCUGAAGGAGGCUAAACUAUGUCAAACUCCAGAAAUGAAACAUUUUGAUUCCAUCCACGAGAAGAUUGUUCACAUGGAGCAACGCCACGAACAGCGCGAAAAAGAGUUACAGGAAGUGAUUAGAAAUGCUAAACAAGUGGCUAGUGUUGAGUUAGAACAAGAAGUACAAAAAUGGCGAAAAAUUGUUGAAGCUAAAAAUAAAGAAAUUCUUAAAUUUCGAACAGAAUUGGAUGCAAUAUUGGAAGUGUUACGGGUUUUACAGAGACAGGGUGUAGUAAUACCAAUCAGUGCUAGUGCCUCCUAACAUUCAACUUAUUGGUGUUAGUGGAGGCUUGAUAGUCGAGGCUUGAUAGGUAUAAAGUAACACCAUUACCAAGUGAGGAAUUACGGAUACAUGAAUCAUGGGUAUUUAUCAAGUUCAUCGUAUACAAGUCCUGAUUCAUAUAGUACGGAUAGAUUAAUCUUUGUCCUGUCUUGUAAGGAGGAAUUCAAAAGUACACUAAAUAUGUACAUAAAUGUCAGUCAGGGCACAAUUGUUGAAAGCAUU